CGGGCAGUUUGAGGUAGUUCGUUUUGUACGGGCUUGAUUGUAUCUGGUAAACGUUUUCUAAAGCUGACCACAUUACAGAUUGAUAAUCCUGACUAAGCCAUAAUUAAAAAUGCGUUUUAAUUGAAAUGCCGUCUAAAAUAUCAAAGUGGUUAUCUGCCUACAAACCAUCAUCUCGUGAGGCUAUGGAUGAAUUUAUUACGUGGAUGUAUUCAAGUAACAAACUAGUUGACGAUAUAGAAGAGACAUUUGAAAAACUAAUCUCCUCUAAUAUUAUUUCUGAUGUCUGUCAAAGAUUAUUUUUAUUUUAUAAAUCAGGUUUACCAGCUUUACAGAAUUUUGUUGUGCUUCUAUUACCUUCAUUAUUGCAUUCAUAUUUAUGUCAUUCAUAUGAGGAUAAUACUUCAUCAUCUCAAACAAAGAAAAUCGUUCCAAAUAUAUCAGAUUCAUCCCAGUCAUCAUUUUCAACCAGUUUAAGUUUGCUGGAAUCGUGCUUGCUGAGUAUAUGCAAUUAUUAUCUUGUAAAAGCUGGUCCUUUAAACAAUGAAUUAGAAGGCUUUGGAAAUGAUAUUAACAACUUUCGUCUACCAUCACUAACCACACCAUCUGUUUUUCAUAAUCCUGUUUCUAUCAAGGAAACAAUCGAAAGAAAUGAUGCUAAUGUUAAAACUGAAAGUGAAAAUUUGAAUCCUCUAAGAAUAUCAGCGAUCAUAUGCCUAAUUCGAAAUUAUAUCGAAAUAUUAUCCACUCUUGAUUUACAAAAUCCUAUUAUAUCUGUUCUACUAUUUCACUCAUUGUCAAGAUUUUCAAAGUUGUCAGAUCGUGUUGUUAGCAUAUCUAAACGUCCUCGUAUUCCAACCUCAUCUAGUUUAUUAAUGAUAUUAUUGAAUUGUUCAGAUCUUAUUUUAUUUAAAUUAGACUGCUUUGAUAAAUGUUCUGAAAGUAAUAAUCAACUUACUGAUUCAAUUCGAUCUUCUGUACUUAAUAGUAUUAUAGAAAUUAGCAAUCGUGCUGCACAUCAUUGUUUUUCUUCUUGUCUAUUAGUAUGCCAGUCUUUGUUGCACUAUCGUAGUAUUUAUUACGGUUAUUGUGAUCGAAAAACUAGGAUAGAAGAUACAUCUAUUCGGGAUAUUGAUAAUACCCCCACCUCUCGAAUUGGACUGAGUAAUUCUUCUCAAAGUGUACCUAUGAUCUCCAUAAACUCUGCAGACAAUAAAACUCCACGUAAAGAAUAUACUCCUCGACCAAAACUAAGCUCUACAAAUACUGAAGUGUUUACAAGUGCUUCAUUUAAGCCAGAAAUUGUAUCUGAAGAUAUAAAUCCAGUCGGUGAAAAUGUUCGAUCAUCCAAAUCAGAUAAAAUGACAGACGAUCAUCCAAUAAAAAAUAUGAAUAAUGCAGCAAGUACAAAUAAUAAUAUUAAUAAUAAGAAAAAUUCCACUGAACUACAUGAACGAAAACAUAAUAAAUCAAAAAUUGGCGUUGAUUUCCGUAUUAAAUCAAAUGAUCAUAGAAAGCAUACUACAAUGGAGAAAAUUAUCUACACACCAACUAGUUAAAGA